CCUCCUGCCGCCACCGCCGCCGGGCAGUGAGCGCCCGCCCGCCGCCUCGGGCAGCGCCGGCGGCGUCUCCUCCGCGGGAAGGACCGCGCUCUAUGCCCGACCCGCCGGCCGCUCCGCCUGCGGCGUGGAGGUGUUCUUGGAAGACGUCUUGGCACUUUGGAGCUGAAAAAGGACAUGAGGAGUAAAAGGACCCAGGAUCUCAAUGGUCAGAAUGAAACAUAUGUUGAAAGAUUUUUCAAAUCUAUUGUUAGUAGUGCUCUGUGACUACGUUCUCGGGGAAGUGGAGUAUCUCCUGUUGGAGCAUCCAGAUCAUGUAGCUUUCAGCAACGACACAGUGUCUGUGGAAUAUCAGUACUACAGUGGUGGUAAUGUGACAACAGAGCAUGUGUCCCUCCUUUUAUUGGAUGCCAGCACCAGUGAGAUAAUUGCCAGAAAACAGCUUCCAGCAAAUCAGUCCCAGGGGACGGUGGUGUUUGAGUGUUUCCAUUUCAAGAGUGCUGGUGAUUUUUUGUUCAGAAUGGUCUCUCCCAGUGACAACAGCAGUGCUGCCCAGUGGAGCAGAAGCAGCAUGUCCACCCUCCAUGUGGAAUGGCCUGUAUUUCACAUUGAUUUGAACAGGAGUUCAGAGGUGCCUGGGAGCUCCCUUCAGGUUGGACUUUUUACAAAUGAGCAGUUAUGUGGCAUGAAUAAGACUGUGAUUUCACUGGAUGUGAUAUUCACCAGCACCCUUUAUGAGUUCAGAAGAGUAUGCUCUGAUGAGACUCUGGGCAUUAGAACUAGCAAAGGAAUCCCCCUGUCUAGGUCCCAGUGGGUAGGGUUUGAUUGCCCACCUGUUGGUCAAGAAGUAUACAUCACCGUGUUACUGAAAUCGUUAGAAACACAGUCCAUCAUUGCCUCCAUAGGACCUGUAGAUCUCCUCCACAAAUUUGGAUACAGACUGGUUGUGGCAGCAGAAGACAUAUGCAAAACUUUGGUUCAGGUCUUCGUAAUCUCUCCACCAUGCACUUCUAUCAGUGGAAAAAUUGUUGUUUAUAAAGAGGCUCUCAAGCAUCCGAGUCAAAGAACAACUUGGCUGUAUGAAAACAUCCUUCACCCAGGAGACAACAGGACAGAAUUUAACUGCACUUUGUUUGAUGUGGGGAAGAAUAAAUACUGCUUUGACCUCCUCAACUUAUCAAACCGAAGCUAUUUUCCAGCAAGAGUUAAGGAGUGUAUACUGAUCCAAAGGAAUAUGGAAACGUGGAGCCGGUGGCAGCCCUGGAGCCCAUGCAGUGUCACCUGUGGGGACGGAAUCCGGGAGCGCUUCCGAGAGUGCCUCACCUCCUCGCCAGCAAAACCAGGCUGUGCUGGAUCGCCGAGGGAGACUUCCCUGUGCUCGCUGGAGGAGUGUGUGUCUGUCCAGCUUCCUACCCCACCUUCUGUUGAGCCAGGAGAGGACCAGAAAGCAAAUAAUAUCGUUACCAUCACAGGUAUCUCGCUAUGCUUGUUCAUCAUCUUUGCCACUGUUCUUAUCACCCUCUGGAGGAAGCUCUGCAGAGCUCAGAAGUGCAGCACUGCUGUCCGACGAAACUCCGUCCAUUCCCCCGGCUUCCGGAAAAACUCAGAUGAGGAGAACAUUUGCCAAGGCAGCAAGCAACGGGACAGCUUUGCCGAAGGAGGGGACGCCCCUGUUAACAUUCCCCUAACCUAUAGGCGAAGCCUCCAAUUUGCCCAAGAAGAUGAUGCCUCUGGAAAUGAAAACUUUCAGCCAAAUGCCCAAAAAAUAAUCCCUCCAAUUUUCAGCUAUCGCCUGGCACAGCAGCAGCUGAAAGAGAUGAAGAAGAAAGGCCUGACGGAGACCACGAAGGUGUACCAUGUCUCUCAGAAUCCUCUCACGGACACCGUUCUUGGUGCCACCACGAUGCUUCCCCUGAGCGGGGAAAACCAAGAGGAGGCAGCGGCAAACAAAUUUCGGAUCAAAUCUCCAUUUCUGGACCAGCCAACCAGUCAGCCCAAGUUCCUGGGAGAAGGCUCUCACCCUAGGCUGGAUUUUCCAUUCUCACAGGCCAAUCCUGCAAUGAGCCCUACCCAAACCUUGGUAAGAAGAGGUCAUUUCAAGCACCAGGAUAACAGAGUGGACUUGCCUGAGAGGGGCUGUCACAGAAACUCGCAGUUCAGAAGAACAGCCAGUUUCCAUGAAACUAAAAAGGCCAGGCCUUUCAGAGAGAGAAGCAUGUCCACACUCACACCCCGACAGACUCCUCUCUACAACUCCAGGACCAGGACAUGGGACCAGGGUCUGGAGGACAGGACACGGCCAAAAUCGAGAAACGCUAAUCCAGCUUGUGAAAAGCUGGAUCAGCCCCACAGCACUGUGCUGGGCUGUGAACCACAGGGCCACGGCGCAAAGCCCCACCACAGGGCAGGUCCCCCGGUGAGGAAGCUGGACCUGAUCACAGACCGCCAGCCUGCCGGUCAGGAGAAGGCAGCUGAGAAGCCUGAGCCCGGCCGAAGUAAGAGAGGCCCUUCACCUAACCCCAAAGGGGCAUGGCGGAAAGAAACCGGCCCAAAUGGCAAAGAUAAUUCCCAGAGAGGUCUAAGCAUCAGCCCUGCCCAGUAUCGAAGGGACAAGUGCCAGAGCUUCCCCGUGGACCCUGAGUUUGCCUUUUAUGACAAUUCUACUUUUGGCUUAACAGAGGCGGAGCAGCAGAUGAUUGACCUCCCUGGGUAUUUUGGUUCAAAUGAAGAAGAUGAAACAAGUACUCUGAGCAUUGAGAAGCUGGUGAUCUGAGUGACUCAUUGCAGCCCUGCAGGAGUGGCGUGCGUGGGAGAGGAUCUGCGGGAUCGGUUGGCUUCUGGUGAAAGAAAGAGCAGGAGUCACGUUACCUCCACACACAGUGGCAGGGAGUAAUGCCUCAGGUCUGGCUUGUGGGAACAUAUUCCGUUCUAAUUACUGGAAAGUGCUUUCAUAUAAUUAUUUUUUGUAUGUAUGUGUGUACAAGACACACAAAGUACCCUGGGAAAGAACAUGUUAGUUAAGGUGUGGUAUUGGAUAAGGAAUAUCCAAUAGAUUUUAUUGUGUACAGCAGUCAUGUUUUGUGCAUCAUACAUGAUGAGUGCCACUGACAUUUCCCAACUUGUCAACUGUGUACUGGUAGACUGUGAUAUACUGAAGCAUCCACUGUCCAGCAUCCUCAACCAUCUGCCCUGAUUAGUGAAUCAUUUCCCAUCUAGAAAACACAAAGCUCAAUCUGUGGGCAGUUUUCAUCAUUUUUCUGAUAGUUAUCAGUGAACUGCAUUGAUUUGUAAUUAUUGCUGAAAUAACUCAUAUGGUGGGGGGUUUUUAGUUGGUUAUAUGAAAGUGCAAACAAUUGAUGCUGAGCACUUGAAUGAAUUUUAAAUUGUGGAGACAUUUUCAUCAUUCAGGACUUUGAUAUUUUCUUACUGUCAAUAUUUAUAUCAAGAAAACAAUGCACAAAUAUUUGCAGGAAAUUAGUACAAAAGGCAUGCUACAGGGAGGGCAAAGAAAACAGAUGAUCAGAUUUUAGUCCUCGCAGAAAUGUUACCGCAGCAUGUUACCUGUAAAAAGCAGUGAGAGAACUGUUGAAUUAUGCAUCCUUUCCAUAGUCAUCCUUUCCUUUAUUAAAAUUUUUAAAUGUAAAUACAUGGACAAUAAUACUACUGCGGCAAGCUCAAAAUAAAUUAUGAACAAAACCAGCAAACAACAAGAUUAUUUGAUUAAUACCUGUUCUGGGAACAAAAAAUUAAAAUGGCUUGACAAUAUCUGGUGAUUUUAGAAGAAUUUAAAAGAUUAGGAGAAUCUUUUAGAAUCAUUUACAUUGGAAAGACAUCUAAAAUAAUUAAGUCCAACCAUUAACGUAACACCACUGUGUUUACCACUAAACCAUAUCCCUUAACUGCCACAUCCACACACCUUUUGAACACUUUCAAGGACAGUGAUUCCACUGCUUCCCUGGGAUGCCUGUUCCAAUGCCUGACUACUCUUUCAGUGAAUAAAUUUUCCCUCAUAUAAAAUCUAAAUCUCCUCUGGCAUAACUUGAGGCCAUUUCCUCUGAUCCUGUCACUUUUUACCUGGGAGAAGGGGCCAACCAACCCCCAUGAUGGGCUUUUUUGUCGUGUUUUAAAACCAGACAUCACAAAUUUGCCAUUAGAUUCUGCUGUAAGUAUUCAGAGUUGAGUUGGAACUCCAAUUAACAGCAGAAGCAGAGCUCAGGCCUUUGUGAAUGACUAAAACUUUUCUUGCCAUUUGUUAGGAUAAACGUCUCUCUGGGGAUGUUGCAAAGACCAGGGGAUUGCUAGUGAGCAGAAACAAGAAAAGAAAAGAGGAGAUGCUGCCCAUGGAAGUUGGUGUAAGAGAAGAAAGGUUUAGGCAGUGGACUAUUGGUCUUAGACCAACUCUCCCCUUAAGGAGCCCAACCCUACAUGCCCUUUAACCUGCCUUGUGGGUGUGAAAGCAAAAUUAGCAUGUGUUCUAUUGUCAUGAAGUAGGCUGCUGUCUUUCUCAAAACUGGCUUUCUGAGCAGAGAGAGAGAUUUCUCAAUCCCACACUUCUUCCUCCCCCCACUCCCCCACAAACCAACAGCAAUUUUAAACAAGGAGCAGCAUUGCUGUGUGUAAGCUGCCAGUUUCCGAUGGCACCCCGCUGCAGUGUCCAAAGCUUGCACAGGUAGCUUGACAGGCACACGGUGUUACCUGCUGUGACAACACAGGAGAAGCAAGCUUCAGCAUUUGGCCACCAGAGUCAAAUCUGGCUGUUUGAAUGGCCUUUCUGAUGGGUAAUGUUUUGUAGCUGCUCCUGGAGUGAGGGAUCCGACUCACUGGGUGAUAUGAGCUCCUUCGUUCCUGGGAGCCAUGCCAAGAUGCCAGUGUUCAGCCCUUGGCCCAGCGUGGUGUUGGUACUAGCGAUGCGUUCCCAUGAACUGUCAGCUUGAAAAGCUGCUUAAAGCGUUCAAGAACAUGUUCAUGCUUGAAGAGUUAUCCAAAGGCAAUCAAAUGUAAUGAGUCUUUAAAUUGACUUAAAUGAGCUGGAAGUCAGACCUCUGAAACAAUUGCUGCUCAGAUUACUUACCCUGCCUGUACUAAGGUAAGGUCUGUGGUGUGAAGUACCUUCUCCCUGAAGCAGUGAUCCAUUAUCAUUGGAGCUGCAGUGCUGCAGUAUCUGUUUAAGCUUUGUUGAGCCUCUCAGCAUGGGAGAGAGACCCUGGAGAAAUGGGAGAUCAAAUGUGCAGUGCAGCAACAUUCAGCAAGCAUCCCCCUAAGCUUCAGCGGGAGGGAUUGGAGCUUGGCGGUAGCCCUUAGAGCCAGUAAAUACUCAGCUAGUGGCAUUCUACCCUGUUUAUUAAGAUUCAAGGCAGUUCUGAAAUGCUUCCUGGGGUUUGCUGUGGGAUUUGCAGUCUCCUGCACAAAGCCCUCCGACCCUUGCAUCUCAGAGGGAGUUUGCCACAGGAGGGCAGAGAAGGGGUAACAUUGCUCUAAAUCAGAUGGUGCUUUCUGCAAAGUUGUCCCAGUGCUGUCUUAUGCAUUAGAUGUACUUAGGUACAUUUUACAUCAAAGGCAGCAGGGCGCACCCCUUUCCUCCCAGCUUGUCAUACCUUGGCCUCCCUUUCUCUCUCAGAGACAAGAAGAACACCGUAACAUUGAUGCCUGCCCCUCCAUACUGACACACAGGGAAGCAGGCUCCAUAGUCUGGACUUUGCAUUGCUCAUUGCUCACUCCCUGGGGAACUGGACUGGGUGCUGGUUGUCUGAUUAAGCCCUGCUGACUUCAUCUCCAGCUUGAUAUUCCAUUAUCAGAUGGGUUACCAGAUGCUUAAUGAACUGCCAGACCACAAAUACUCUCCCCUAAGUGCUGUAGUUUCCACAAUCUUUGCUCUACUUCCUUAGCUCUCUACUGAAGAAUGGGAUUGAGCAUGAACUGCCAGAAGGCAUGAACUUAUUUCACUCACAUUUCUGUCUGUCUUCUACCUAGACAAAAAUUAUCCUUUCUGCCCUCAGUACUGCAUCACGGGCCAUGCAGUUACAAUGUGUCCUUAUGUCCCAAACAUGCAGUUACAACCUUACACUAAGAUUUUACCAUAUCAAAAUACAGAAGCAGUGAUUGGAAGGGAAAGAGUAAGUGCUGCCUUUUUGCAGCCCUUUUUGCACAUGGGCAAUCUCAUUUCAGCCAUGUUGGUGAAAAUUUAACUCCACAUGAGCAUGCUUGAGAAGAGGGCAGGGGGGCAAUCUAGCCAAGGGCACAGGCUCUAGGAGCAUAGCUCCCUGGAUUGCUGCCCAUUACACUGGGAGGUUCGUGUUUGCAGUCACUGGGAUGUCUAGGAAGUAGAGGAACCAAACCAAGUUUUAAACUGAACCUUCACCUCAGGCCUCUGCAUUGUCUCUGGGACAGCUUGAGCCAUGAAAAUCAAAGUUACCUUGCAGACCCUUUCAACUACCCAGGACAACAGGUGAAAAAGCACCAGAGCCAACACUGAAAGAAUACAUUUCUCAUAUUAUGAGCUUUCCAAGAUUUUGAUCCAGAUUUCUGUUCACAUUCCUAUUGUUGAAAACCAGAUAAAAAGUAUCAAGUACUACUCAGAUGGUUUUAUUUCACUCUUUAUUGGUAUGUAUACAAAUUACAGUAUGUAUGGAUAUAAAAGCAAGUAAAUGGAAAAGGAAUACCAGUUUAAAAAUUAUUAUAAAUCAGAAAAAAAGGAAACAGACUUAUUCUACAGUAUGGUAGUUAAAUUAUUUGCAUCAAGCUGAUACUGCUGUUCAUUUUUAACUGUUGUUAUUAACAGCUGUAGAAAAUAAAUUUUCAGUAUUCAAUUUC